CAGAUCACUGAUGCAUCAUUGUUGCGUUGGCACAAGAAACUGAAGCGUGCUGCUCAAGAGUGCGAUGACACACUGCACAAAUGCAAGCAGAGAAUCAUAGAAGAAGAGCAGAUGGAGAAGGAAGGAAGGGAUGCUACAAACGCUUGAAUCCUAAUGGCGGAGAUGGUCAGUUCUGCGAUUGUCCAGGAAACAGUUAGCCUAAUUGUAUCUGGUCUGGCUCACAAGCAUGAAGGUAAAGAGAAAUCAAAUACCGAUGCAAACUUAGAGAGGCUGGAGAUGGCACAUAUCAAGUUGGAGGCUGCUCUUGAGACAUCUGACAAGUGGCAGAUCACUGAUGCAUCAUUGUUGCGUUGGCACAAGAAACUGAAGCGUGCUGCUCAAGAGUGCGAUGACACACUGCACAAAUGCAAGCAGAGAAUCAUAGAAGAAGAGCAGAUGGAGAAGGAAGUGAGUAAAUCCUCCUUUCCUAAACGUAUAGCACAUACUACCAAGUCAUUUGUUUUCUCCUUGUUUAGCCGCAACAACGACGGGUUGAGCAGAUCCAUUGUUCGGAGAUUUGAGUGGUUUGCAGAUGGUGCUAGUGAGUUUCUGAGAUUUAUAGAGCUCGGCGGCACGCCACGCCGUCACAUGCCCUUCGACCCUCUUAUCAGGCACCUUUUUACAGGCAAGAAACUACAGCAUAAAAUCACUCGGGAAAACAAGUGCCCUUUGUUUCUACUGUGGGUGCCCUUUAUUACGGCAGAGCAUGGGAUAGAGGCUAGCCUGAUCUUUAUGCAGAAAGAUGAUAAUGUACCGGAGGAUGAUUUUUUCCUUAGUGUAAUGUUACAGGUUUCAGAGAGUACUGACAUAGUUGGGAUUGCAAUUAAGUGCUUGCAGUUGUUUGCCCCUCUUUUCAAGUCUACAGUUGAAACCAUUAGGAAAGAACUUAUGCAACUACCUACACAAGACUUCUCAUGGGUGCCAUAUGUUGAUUCACACCAGAAAGAACAUUGGGACAAUCUUCUUAGUUUGGGCACUCAAUGGUUUCGCCCAAACCCAUUAUGUUGUAAGCAGCAUGAGCUUCGUCGUAGUAGCAAGGUAUCCAUGUCAGAAUUACCAGAUGUUUCUCUAGAACCAGUUAUUGAAGUGAAUUUGCAGUGCCAAGUCUCACAGUCUGAGUCCAUCCGACAGAGGACCUCGCUGUCCGAAGGCAGAAUUUCUCUGCAAGAUCCUCUACACCUGAAAGCUGGACUCCUCUUUAUGCCCCAUGGCUCUUCAGAAGACCUGCUGCCAGCGAAUACAAGUUCUGCAGUAGAGGUGACCAACGGCGAGGAGCAGAAUUGCUUGCAUUCAAACAUUACAUUGCAACAGAUGGAAGAGAUCUUGCUGCCAAAGGCGAUAGAUUACUUCCACCAGAACACCGAAGCUUCAGUCUACCAGAUGCUUUGGAAGUCUAAACAUGGCACUGCAUACGUUCAUGUUAAGAAUGCAAGUAUGAAGAACCGAAGCACACGGAGAAUGAUUUGGGCAGCUAGGAAAGGAAAGCUGUUGCAAAGAAAGGAACAGGGUCUGGAGAGCCGGACACAUGUGAUCCCUCACUUCCUUGACUUAUGGGUUGUACAUGCACCCGUCUGGUUGCAGGGCUCCAUUGCGGACUGGAUUCAGAAAGAAAAGGAAAAGCAGUUGAUACCACCAUCGCUAUGCCUGGAAUUCUAGAUCAUGUAACAUGGAUCCAUCAUGGAUCCAUCAGAGAAACGGAGAGAAAUAAAAAAAUUGGAAAUUGAAUGCUCUAGGGAACAGAUCAAAUAUGGGUCAAAUGCUCCAAGUACAAGGGCGAGAAGAAGAACGCUACAGCACGAAGGUUGUAGAGUUACAUAUUACUAACAAUUUGUGUUUUGCUGGACUUAGUAAAGAAGUAUAGCACACUCGAUUUUUUUUUGUUUGAUUGAUAUGCUUUGUGUGGUGUUGUUUGACCAGCUGAUGAUACGCUGGGAACAUAACUCCUGUCAUUAAAAAGUGUACUCAGUGUAAUACAUCGAAGUCCAAUGUAUCUGCAACUGCAGACUGCAGUUAUGUUCUAUGUGAAUUUUUAGUGUGUAGUUAGUUAUUACCGUCACCAUGAGCUAUUAAAAUUUGGAGAGUAAAAUUCCCAUGUUAACGUCUGUGACUUCAUCUCUUUAACC